AUGCCACCAUCCCCCACCAGAGCCCGAAGAUCUACCACGAAUGGCGACCUCCCGUCGUUCAUGCGGCGUCCCCCGAAGCCGGAAGGAGUCAAAACCAUCCUCGCGAGCGCGUCCAUCAACAAUCUCACCCCCUCGGAGCUGGAAGAGCGGUACAGGCACAACGAACGCAUCCUAGCCGAGACGUCUGCGUCGAGCUCGCAUUUCAUCAAGCAACUUGAAGACCAGCAGAGCGCGAUUAGAGCUCGUCUGAACGAUCUCGGUGUGGAGAGCAUCCGAUCUCAACUCGAGCACACCAAGAUCAACGAAGACGAAUCUAUGACCGUCGACCCGAGCCCGCCACCUCCGCCACAGCUGGAGGAGUACAGGCCUAUCGGCGCGAAGGCGCGGGCACUCGCGCGAUGGAAUCCUACUGGGCCCAGAGGGGCUCCGGCUGGCGGCAUGUCGUAUGACGAGGCUGCCAACAUUCUACGCGAGUCCUAUCAACGAGAGCAAGAGCACAAGGCGAGGAUGAACGAUAGGCGGAGGAGGAGGGGCGACGUUGUACCUGGUGAGCAGCUCACCCGGGCUGAGAUGGAUGCGCGAAUGCUUGCAUUCCUCACAUACAAACCCACUGACUCCGAUCUGGAAGAUGACGAUGAAGAAGACGAGGACGAAGAGGAAGAGGGCCGUCCGGCGUGGUUCGACGAGGACGACCAAGAUGACGGAAUCAAGGGGCAAGACAUCGUCGAACCAGACUACGAAGACCUAUCCACCAUCAUUAGAAUUGACGAGGCACGCAUUCCAUGGGCCAUACCGCGUGAGGAGUAG